CUGCACGCCUGCAGCUAGGUGAAUCUCGGCUUCACUGCCUGGCACCUCCUACCCAGUUCCUAUUGUCGUUACUAUCAUUGCAUACGGCGAGCAUAAUAAAGCAAAACUCUGGAAGCAAGCCCCUUUAUUUUUUAUUUUUUUGUGGAUUUUUGAUAUAAUUUCAUCGCCCAGUAUGGCAAAGUGGAUGACCCUAUCCGAGGUUCUGCAGAUUUGGAGGCGUGAGUUUGAAAGAGAGAGCUACGGAGACUCACAAGCUCAGAGCAUGGGCGUCGCUAUCGACAUGGUUGAAGAUAAUUCUAGCCAAGGCAGUCCUGGACCCUCUGCUGUCUCACCUUCAACACAGCCUCCACCUGCUGCUGCUUCUGCAAACCAAGACAGUCCUGGAUCUUCUGCAGUCUGCCCUCCUUCAACACAGUCUCCACCUGCUGCUGCUUCUGCAAACCAGGACAGUCCUGAAUCUUCUGCCAUUUGUCCUCCUUCAACACCGCCUCCACCUGCUGUUGCUGCUUCUGCUAGGCCAGAGAGUCCUGGUAGCCUAUACAGUCCUGGCCCUUCUGUUGUCUCCCCUCCUUCAAGACUGUCUCCACCUGCUGUUGCUGCUUCUGCUAACCUAGACAGUCCUGCUAGCCUGUACAGUCCUGGCCUUUCUGUUGUCUCUUCUACUUCAACACAGUCUCCACCUGCUGUUGCUGUUUCUGCUAACCAAGACAUUCCUGCUAGCCUGUACAGUCCUGGCCCUUCUGUUUUCUGUCCUCCUUCAACAAAGUCUCCACAUCCUGUUGCUGCCCAUCUCCAAAGCUCUCUGAGUAAGUGGGAUUACUCCCAGUCGCCACAUGGCAAAAGACGAGUAAUAGACCCAGAAGCUAAGGAAGGAUGGCAUGACAUCAUCGACGAGGAUAAGGAACCUGGGCAGUUCCCUGGACGCUAUGCUGUCUGUACUCUGUCAAAACAGUCUCUAGCUGCUGCUGCUGCUGCUUCUGCUAGCCCAGACAGUCAUUGUCCCUCUGCUGUAUCUCCUCCAACACAGUCUCUAACUGCUGCCAAUACUUCUGCUGCUGCUACUGACGCUCAUCUCGCAAGCUCUCUGGGGAAGUGGGAUAACACCAAGUUGCCACAUGCUAAAAGGAGGAAAAUAGACACAGAAUCUGAAGAAGGAUGGCAUGACAUUAACGAUGAGGAUGAGGAACCUGGGAAGUUCCCUGGACACUCUGUUGUCUUUUCUCCAUCAAUACGGUCUGUAGUUGCUGCUGAGGCUGCUAGCCCAGGCAGUCCUGAUAGCCCAUACAGUCCUGGAUCUUCUUCAGUCCCUCCUCCUUUAACACAGUCUCCACCUGCUGAUGCUGCUAGCCCAGAGAGUCCUGCUAGCCCGUACAGUCCUGGAUCUUCUGCUGUCUCUCCUACAACGCAGUCUCCACCUGCUGUUACUGCUUCUGCUAACCUAGACAGUCCUGCUAGCCUGUACAGUCCUGGCCCUUGUGUUGUCUCUCCCCAUUCAACACAGUCUCCACUUGCUGUUGUUGCUUCUGCUAACUCUGGUAGUCCUGCUAGCCUGUACAGUCCUGCCCCCUCUGCUGUCUCUCCUCCUUCAACACAGUCUCCACUUGCUGUUGCUGCUUCUGCUAACACAGAUAGUCCUGCUAGCCUGUACAGUCCUGGCCCCUCUGUUGUCUCUCCUCCUUCAACACAGUCUCCACUUGCUGUUGCUGCUUCUGCUAACUCAGACAGUCCUGCUAGCCUGUACAGUCCUGGUCCUUGUGCUGUCGUCCCUCCUUCAACACAGUCUCCACCUCCUGUUGCUGCUUCUGCUGCUGCUGCCCAUCUCCAAAGCUCUCUGGGGAAGUGGGAUGACUCCCAGUCACCACAUGCCAAAAGAAGAGUAAUGGACCCAGAUUCUGAGGAAGGAUGGCAUGACAUCAACAACGAGGAUGAGGAACCUGGGCAGUUACCUGGAAACUGUGCUGUCUGUUCUCCAUCAACACAGUCUCUAGCUACUUCUGCUGCUGCUUCUGCUAGCCCAGACAGUCAUGGACCCUCUGCUGUAUCCCCCCCUUCAACACAGUUUCUAACUACUGCUGCUUCUGCUCACCCAGACAUUCCCGGAUCUUCUGAUUUCGUUCCUCCUUCAACACAAUAUCUAUUUUCUACUUCUGCUUUCCCAGACGUUUCUGGACCCGCUGGUGUCUCUCCUCCUUCAACAGAGUCUGUAGCUGCUUCUGCUAGCGCAGACAGUCCUGGACCAGCUGCUGUGUCUCUUCCUUCAACACAGUCUCCACCUGUUGUUGCUUCUGCUAGCCCAGAGAGUCCUGGGCCUUCUGCUGUCUCUCUUCCUUCAACUCAGUCUCCCCUUGCUGCUGCUGCUCCUGCUGCUGUUCCUCCCCGCAGAACUCCUGUGAAGAGAACAAUGGGGCAUGACUUCCAGUCACCACGUAGCAAAAGAAGAGUAAUCGAUCCCGAUUAUGAGGAAGGAUGGCAUGGCAUCAACGACGAGGAUGAGGAACCUCGCCAGUUCCCCUUCCACCCAAAAAGGACGCCUGGAGUGCAGCUGGACUGUCAACAUAACUAUACCCCAUUGGAACUGUUCCAACUGUUCUUCAGCAAAGACACUGUGAAGAUUCUCUGCCAGAACACUAAUAAGAACAUGGAGCGCAAGCGUCUUCAGGGGUUUCGUACAGCACAUAUUUUCAAAGAAGUGACUCCUGGGGACAUGUCAAAUUAUAUCUCUUUGGUCAUUUACCUUGGUCUUGUGAGGCCCUCUUCUUUCCGGGACCUCUGGAGGACGGACAAACUUCAUAGCCACUACUUUCCCUCCAGCGUGAUGCCAGGCUACAAGUUUAUGGCCAUUGGUUCGUACCUUCAUAUGAGUGACCCGGCAGAAGACGUCCUUAAUGAUCAGCUCAGAGGCCAGGAAGGCUAUGACCCCCUAUUUCGCCUGAAGCCACUACAAAACCAGAUCCUGACAGCGUGCAGGGCAUACUACCACCCUUAUCAGAAUCUGUCCAUAGAUGAGCGCAUGGUAGCCACGAAAGGUCGCAUUGGAAUUAAGCAGUUCAUGAAGGAUAAACCGACAAAGUGGGGCUUCAAGUUGUUUGUCCUGGCUGACAGCAAGUCGGGCUACACGUGCGACUUCAGCGUAUACCAGGGGAAGGCCUUCACUCCCAGUGGGAACGGCCUGAGCUACGAUGCUGUUGUGAACCUGCUCCGGGUGCCUUUCCUUGGGACAGGGUACCAUCUCUUUGUGGACAACUUUUACACCAGCACAGCUCUUUUCCGCCAUCUCCACCAAAUCCGCUACGGAGCUUGCGGAACCAUGAGGGAGAAGCUAACUUGCUUUCCAAAGACGACGGUGAAUGCACUUCCAAAGAGGGCUGAUCGUGGGGACCUGAGGUGGAUCAGGGAUGGGCCUCUCCUGUACGUGAAGUGGAAGGACAACAGAGACGUAUGUCUGUGUUCCACAAUCCACAAGGCCUACAGUGGGCAGUCAGUGCAGAGACGUGUUAGGGACCCUAAUGACCCCAGGUCCACUCGCGCUGUCCCUGUUCCUGACCCUGUGGUUCAGUACAACAAGUACAUGGGCGGGGUUGACCUGUCGGAUGCCCUCAUCAAGUAUUACAACGUCAAUCAGAAGACCAUGCGCUGGUAUAAGAAGCUGUUCCUUCACUUUGUGGACAUUGCGGUUGUGAACAGCUACAUAAUCCACAAAGAGUUGGCUCUGAUAAAAGGGCAGAGGCCCAUGACCCAGAAGCAGUUCCGGGAGACUCUCUGCGUGCAGCUGGGUAAAGUGGGCAAGCAUGGCAGCACCAGACAGGAGAAGGUUGAGGAGGUAAUGAAGAUGGCAGCUCCCAAACCACAAGAGACGGUAGAGGAAAAGAAGCCACCGGAAGUGCCAGUGCAGAAGACACCACCCUUUUCCUGUUUUCCUGUAACAGUCACAGAUGUCAGCGGCACUGAUUCUCGUUUCAAGUCCACGAGGGGGAGGAGGUCCUGUGUGCUCUGUAGCAGCAGAAAGAUAGUGAACAAGACCAUCUACAAGUGCAAUUCUUGUGAUGUCCCUCUCUGCAUUGUGGUGGACCGCAUCUGCUUUACAGAGUGGCAUAACCUCAAAAACAGCCAGGCGCCCUCUAAGAUGUGAACAAGCCUUAUGUCGGCAGGUAAAAUUAUAAAAAAAAGGUUUCCAAUUUCAGGUAAGAAAACAUAUGAGCAGUCUGUGCUAGUGUACAAGUGACUGUGACUAACAAGUAAAUGCAUAGUUAAUUACAUAAAUGACCAACAAGGAGAAAACGAACUGGCAGCUCUAUUAAAACAUUCACUUUUCUGAAUUGCCUGGUGACAGGCAAACCCCACCCUUUGGAAUAUAUACAUGAAUGUAAACCAGGUCUUGUGUUUCAGGUUUGCUUGUUCUAUUUGUACCUUUUUAGGUAUUUGGUUUGCAUAGGACCUAAAUUUAAAGUAUAUAACAGUGAAGUUUUUGGGUGGAUUUUCUGCUGAUGUGUAUUCCACAUUCAAACACCAAUGUUGUGCUGUUUCAGGAUAUAUUUCAUUUUCUCCUUUUAAUUAACCAUUGGUUGUGUGGGAAAUAAUUCUGAAUUAAUUAACAGGUAGCUAUGGUAACAAUCACAACUUAUUGUUGGAUAAUGGGGUGAUAACAUCCUACAAGGUUUACUGAGUAUGCAAGUACUGCAGUGUCAGCCUGAACUUUGUGCUUUAGCUUGAUGAGAAGACUGUGGAAGGCCAAAGCCUUUUAAUGAGCUUUGCUGUUUUUGUGAGCAAGUGAGGAUAUAAGUGUGAGAAAGUAAACCAAAAUACUCUAAUCAGAAAUUCACUAUUGGUUCUUUUUUCUUACUGGGAACAUUUUAAAAUGUAUUUUUACUUUUUUUUAAACAUAGCUUGCAUUACCACUAUGGUUUUCAUUUCUGUUUUUCCCAGAUUAAAUGUUGCAUUCAAGGACUACAGUACCUACCAGUGAUAAUGUUUUAUUUUUACUGUUUUGGCUUGUGUUGUUUUUUAAUCAUUGUUUCAGGCUGUGCUGGUAACUUGGGUUUGUCUGACAAUGAUCCCAAGUAAACCUCAAAAUUAAUCUCAUGGCUUGAUCAUGAACAAAAAUGUGGGGUUUUAAUAGAAGCCAGUCCACAAGCACAGUCUACAAAAAUCUUGGGGAAGGAUUCUGGAAGAUUCUCUACGGCAGUGUAACGAUGUUUAACUAUACACAGGAGCUUUGUGGCCUCUCCCUACUUUACAACGGGACUCCGCUGAGUCACGUUCUUCAUUAAUUUUUUUUGGUUAAACAGGGCAUAAUGACGUGCCUGUCCCCUUGCGACCAAUAAACUUUCUGCUUGAUCAGUUCAGCAUCAGCUCGGGCCAAGGAACACCCCCUUUUUGGAGGAAUGGGGAGCCCGAUUUAACAA